GUCUGCUCUCGCCGAUAAACUGUCCUGCUGCCGCCGCGUCCUUGUCUGUUAUCACCCCGUGCGCUUUCAGAAUGCCAUCCGACUUCCUGACGCCGUUCUUGGAGCUGGACGACGAGUUUUGCAAGAAUUUCCGCAGUCUGGACAUGACAGAUGGCCUCCCAGCCGCCACCACACAGAAGCAGCGCGCCGUGGGAUUUCAGCGCAGACAUUCCUUGUGCCCGGUCACCCUGCCAAACUCUAAAUUCAACAUCAACAGCGGCUGUUUCGAAGGCAUCAGCAGCAGUGGCAGUGGCAGCGGCAGUAGCAGCAGUAGCAGCAACAGCAGCAGCAACAUUAACGGAGAGUCCUCCUCCUCCUCGUUCUGGCCCCUCAGUGUCGUGCACCAGCAGUGGAACAACCAGCAGCAACAGUUGCCGCGCAACUCUCUCAACCAGAUUCCCUUUCGGGUGGAUCGAUCGGUCAGCAUGAUCGAGGGACAUGUGGGCAGCGGCUUGGGAAGCUCCACCGAGCAGCCUCUACUGCCCCCACUGCCGGUCUCCUCCACGGGCCUAAUGCCCCCACCAGGCCUGAGCAUCAGCAAUAACUCGCUGACGCUGCCCACCUCCCCAAAGUCUCUGACCCCCACCCCUACCCCUCCCAUCUCCACGCGCUACAAGACCGAGCUGUGCCGCACGUACGAGGAGAGUGGCACGUGCAAGUACGGCGCCAAGUGCCAGUUCGCGCACGGCAUGGACGAGCUGCGCGGGCUCAACAGGCAUCCAAAGUACAAGACGGAGCCGUGUCGCACCUUCCACACCAUCGGCUUCUGCCCCUACGGCGCACGCUGUCACUUUAUCCACAACGCCGACGAGAUCCUAAAUAACGGAGCUGGAGCACCGCCCUGCGCAACGAGGCAGAAGUUGCGAGAGCGUCCCCAGCUCAUGCGUCAGAGCGUCAGUUUCGCUGGUUUCUCCUCCCAACCGCUCACCGGCUUCCAGUCUCUCCACGAGCCCCUGGCCUUCUCACGCGCUUCAUCCGUCUCCCCGCCUCCAUCCACGGGCAGCCCUGACCUGCUCUCCCCCCUCUUCCCCGAGCCCCGUUCCCUGAAGCCCAGCUACCCACUCCCUCUCCCCUCUGACCUCGACAGCGACCAGCUCAUCGCCACCUCCCGUGCCUUCAGGCUCUUGGCGGAGUCCAAAGUUCCGAGCUCGGGGUUUGCGCCCAAGGCCGUUAGUGUCGUGGCGCAAGACAACAACAACAACAACCACCACCACCACCGCAAUGCCUUCACGUUAACCGGCCUGUCUGCGCUCCAGCGUAGCACAUCUGCCGACUCGCUCUCCGACCAGGAGGGCUACACGAGCUCUAGCAGCCUCAGCGGCAGCGAGUCUCCAAGUCUGGAGGGGAAAAGACUCCCCAUCUUCAGCCGGCUGUCUGUCUCAGACGACUAAAACUUUUAUUUGAAAAAAAAGUGUGCAUAUUGCAUCCUCAUCCCAGCAGAAGUAUUUCUGCUUAUAGUGUUCGUAAACGUUACUGUCAAACUCGUUUAUACAUUAUAUACGUGUAUAUCAGAACAUUUGGCAAUGUAUACUGUUGUAUACCCUUUUGAACUACCACUGCACAAAAACGUUUUUUGUUAUUUUCUUUUUUUCCCCCAUAGAGAACCUGUUCCAGGGUUUAUAAUGUUACUACUCUCCAGAUGAUUGUCAUGAGGACUAACCCCCAUCCCUCACGCUUGAGUCCCCUUCCGGGUUUCCUUCUGAAUCUGAAAGUGACUCUAGUUUCCCUGUUUGUAUAACCAAAGCUGCAACUUAGUUUUGUAUUGUUUGUAGGUGGGGAAAUGCGUACUGUAAAAAAAACCGUAGCCUCUAGUGACGGCACCUAACGAACAGUAUUAUCUCUUAGUUUUAACUAUAUAGGGCUUUCUGUGAUUUAUUAUUUAUUAUUAUUGCUGUUUUUUGUAAUAUAGAAAUCUCACAUCUUGAUACCUGGUCGGUUUGGGGUGAUGGGAAUACUCUAUUUCAUUUCCACAUCGUCUGCUGUUGUUUGUUUGGACAACUCUUUAGCUUUAAGUGAACACGACCCCACAAACAAACGUCCUCGGAUGCUUGCUGUCACUGGAAUAGUUUUGGUACUCACGGUGGGAGUAGUGUGUCGGCACAGAGGCCUGGUGAACUAAGGCCUGCAGUGCAAUCAUCCAAGGCUGGCUAACCUUCCCAUCUGCAGCCAUGCAAAAUAGACACAAGGACACUUGGCAACCGUCACAAGGUUGCGCUUUUAAAAGACUGUUAAAAGUGUGUUUUUUUUUAAAGGUGUAUCUCAGUUUACACUUGUUCUCAGCUGUUCUGUCUUUUUAUGUUUUGCUUAAGCUGCCAACAUUCUGUGGCUCAACCAACAUGAACAAACAUGUGUCUUGUUUUUGGUUAAUGUUUCUUUUCGGUUUUGUUAUUCAUUUUUAAAACAUGGCAGUUUGACAAUGUUAUUCAAGAAGUGCCACAACACCAUUGUGUAUCUUGAGAAUCUUGCACUCUGUACUCGAAAUGUGUAGCCAUACCUUGCGAGAAAAAGAACAAGUCACCCAGGACUUGUCCUUCUGCAAGUAGGCACUCUUGUGAAUUGUGGAGGCCUUGGAGAAGAUAUGGGCAUAUUUUGAGGAAAAAAAGGACACGUGUACAUCCAUUGUGCCCUAACUGUGAGGAAAAAAAACGUAUGCUUUGCAUUUUGUUAACUUAAAAUACUUAUUUAUUUUCAUGUUUGUUUGGACUUGACAAAAAAGUGUCAAAAAGAUAUAUUGUGUGACUUUUUUAUAUUAUUGUUUUCUAUAUAAUUUAAGUGUAAUGUUUACAUUCCAGGGAAGUGUCCCAAGUUUCUAUU